ACGGUUUGUUCCACGCGUUGGAGAUCUUGGACACCGCGGGGUCUCACCACUUCCCAGCCAUGAGGGAGUUAUCCAUCAGGUCUGGCCGAGCCUUCGUCAUCGUGUUCGCCGUCAACAACGAACAGAGUUUCUACGAGGCCCAGUCCCUGUGGAGCCUUAUCACCAAGAUCAAAGGUUUCGACGGGGCGCCUGUGGUGGUGGUGGGGAACAAGGUGGACUUAGACAGAGAGAGAGUGGUGAGCUUCCAGCGGGCACAGAACUGGGUGGACACGGAUAUGACCAACGCCUCAUACCUCGAGACAUCUGCCAAGUACAACAUCAAUGUGGGCGAACUCUUCAAACAACUCCUGAUACGAACUUACGGCUUGGCUAAUAAUGAGAUGGCGCCGACGGCGGGCCGGGGUCGACUCAAGUCCUUGGGUAACAUCAUGGAGGUGGUGAGGCGGAGGUCCUUCAGCUUGGCUCAGGCGGCCUCCUGUAGUGCCAUCCCUGACCAUCCUGACAUUCGUGACAGCAAGUGUGUCAUACUCUAACCUGUAACCGACUCUGACCUGUAACCUACACUGACCUGCGAAAACCUUACCUUCUGCUGGCCGUCAUGUAAGGGGCUCACCAAUGACCCUGAGUGACCCAGGAUGCUGCCCCACAGUGACCUCCAAUGACCUUACUGUUACAGAAGGUCAACAAGAGUUUUUACCUGACCUGACUUCACCCAGACUGACGUGGAGGUAUUCAGAGAUGAAACUGUUGGUGUAGUUAAGACACCAACGACACAAACUGUCAUCAUAACAGAGUAGAUCUUGUGUUAUACAGGUAACAGUAGAAACACCUGACACUAAAUAAACAAAGGUGUGUCCAGGGACUAAUGAUCAGCUGUUUAUGUCUGUACUGUUUGUGAGGCAACAGUCGCCAGUGGACAAAACAUCUGCUUCCACCAUAAAUAAAAUCACAGCUAACGAACGAUCGUUUGACGUAGAUAUCACAAAUGUGUCAUUAUGGAAUAAAAUGGAACGCCAGACGAUGCUGUUCGCCCGUACUUGCACAGUUCUCAUUUCCCCUUGUCUCUCUCCUUCCCUGUACAGUACAUUGAUUAUUAUUGUUAUCUAUAGCUAAUGUUACUUAUAUCUCCUGCCAUUAUUUUUAGUAGAAGUAGUAGUAGUAGUUUUAGUAGUAGAAGUAGUAUAUUUAUAGUAUUAGUAUUAGUGGUAAAAAUAUAUUUAUUGUACUUCUUCCUAUUAUUAUCAUUACUAUUACUAUUACCUUAUAUACUCUUUUAAUAAUGUACGGUCAGCCAAAGAUGCACUGACCCCACCCUGGGUCUCGUGCUGGCAAUACUUGGUAAAGGAAGGCUGAUUGUUUUGGUCUAUAUCACUGUCAGGAUAUAUAUUAAACAAACCAUAGGUAACAUUUUUACAAUAAUAAACUAUUCAUUGUUAUUUAAGGCCAUGACAAGUUUCCAAAUGUUCCUAUGUUUGCUUAGAUGAUGAAUAAAAUUUGAUGUGAGAAUCUUGUAGCAGCUGUGGUUGUAGUUGAGUUGCCAAUUUAUUAAUAUAAUUUCUUAAUUAUUAAAACAAAUAUACGAAAAUUUGGAAACGUCUAAUGACCUUAAAUAAUACAGCCUUCCUUUACCAAGUAUUGCCAGGUACAAUGGCGAGCACGAGACCCAGGGUGGGGUCGGUGAAUCCUUGGCUGACUGUACAACUAUAUCAUACAGUAUUUUCAUGGUGUACAGUACUGGGUAAGCUUUAAGUACAAGUUACUGUUCCUUGUACAUCACCACACUCGGGGGACGGGGGGUGUUCCCCCCUGUGUGACUGUCAGUCUCUCUCUCUCUCUCUCUUUCCACACACGAACCUGUAACAGAGUGGUACCAGAGGGUCUGGCUGAACCCACAAGAAGAUCAUGCUCUACAAAGCUUCAGAAACAUUUUAACCCAACCUAAGUCACACACAAUAGUUAAUCGGAUCGUGGUUGUGGACGGACAGACGAAAGCGACAAAGAAACUGGAUUGAAACUUCACAUUUUGUGAAGCAAGAAAAUGAUAAUAAAAGUAAAGGUUCGAAGAAUUGAAACUUAAAAAUAAUGUGGAAUUGAAAGUUAAGUCAUUGGUUAGUCCUGAAAUUUGUUUUAAGAAUCUGUCUAAUAAUUUAAUUCGUUCUGAAGACUUGUUAUAAUGGCCUCAGUCUCAUAGAUUCUUAUGUUAAUUUUAAUCCCUGUUAGUACAGAUGUGAGAACGAAUUAUGUUAGAAACUUAAAGUAAGUUCGACUCUCUCUUGUCUGUUGUAUAACUGAAAAUUAUCCAAUAGUCACGUUUUUACAUUUCUAUAUAAGGGAAUUAUUCACAGUCAGAAUAAUCGUGAAUCUGGAAUAUUGAUCCUUCAGGGUAAUAGUUCAGUGUUAUAUAGAUGAGACAGUUACGAGAUCUUGACUACAGGAUGGCAAGGAUAGUGCGUCUCAUAUUACAGUAGUAACUGACGUAUACAGACACACUCGAUCAUCAGCCCCUCAUACACACCGAGAUAUACUAAGGUAUGUCAUUAUUGGCCCCCAAAAAACUGUUAUUCAGAAGUAAGACUCUGAUGCAGGUGGCGCCACGACAGAUGUGAAGGGGUUAUGCAGACUAUACGACUCGCCACCUACACCACCACCCGGGUCCUCCUGCACCUACAGUCAAGGAACGUCUCUCAUACACCUACUGAUGGGGACAUAAAUAAUGACGCAUAGAUGGAAAAACAAUUUUCUUUAUGAGUUCUGAUUCUCAAAUAUUCGUAGAAUUAACUACUCUCUUAAUGGGACAUGAUAACACAACUGCUUUUCAUAAUCUGUAACUUUGAUCAUAUUUUGACCCCCUACUGUGUGUACCAUUCAAGACAACCAACUACAAGCGUUUUUGUUUUGUUUUUUAAUCUUUCGACAACAAAAUACUGUAACACUCGCUACCAAAAGUCUUGUCGCCUCAGCUGCCGCUUCAAGACCCCAGAGAUCCAGAGACCUGUGAGAUCUCUGAAGUGAGGGGCGUCAGGAGUUUUGUUGACGAGUGAACUGUACAUUAACUUAUGACUCCUUGAGAAUAUAAACCUGGGUCGUCUGUCCUCACAUGUGACAAAUAUCAUCUUGAAUUAUGUGAGACUAAUAUAUAUACAACAAGUCGAGCAGUGUGGCAUACUAUUUAGGAAUAAUAAUAAAAAUAAUAAUAAUAAUAACUGUUUAGAUAGUAGAGUGCCCCCACGUAUAGGGAUAUAUCAUAGAAAACGGAUUUUAUUAUAUGCUAGAUUACACAACAAACUGACUCGGUGUUCUGACAGGUGACGGGGACUUCCUUAUCCAAAUCCUCAUUGGUUCCUACGUUUAUUUUUGUUGUUGUUUCCUCCAUCAAGUAUAGGAACGAGAGAAAAUAUGUUUGUGUCUGGAUGGCAUUUCGUAACCAUAGUAAUGUAGUUUGAGGUGAAGCAGUCUGUUAUACAUUACCUGUUCUAAGGCUGGUGUAUGUGAGAGUGUAGUCUCCGCUUCUUAACAAAUGUGUAUAUGUGUAGAUUAGUUAUCGAGAGUGUUAAUCUGGAGUAAAUGUUCUAUGUACAGUACAGUGCCUAACGUAACCUAACCUUCAUAAGCUAUCCUUUAUACCCUAACCUAACCCAUCUUUCUCAUUCCUUUCUUUCUCACCGCCAUCUUUCUCACUUCAAUCUCUCUCACCUCCUCCUUUCUUACUCCCAACUAUGUACCGUAGCUUGAACUAGCCUAUUAAUUUAGUUCUUAUAUCUAAAAAGCGAGAAGAAGAAAAAAAAACUCGGAAGAACCUUUGAGAGUUUGGGUCGAGGUUGAGACGAUUAAGUCACCACGACUCUUGAUACGAAUAAGUUGAUGACGUCACACAGUUCUCUAACUCAUCCAUGACGUCACACAGUUCUCUAACUCAUCCAUGACGUCACACAGUUCUCUAACUCAUCCAUGACGUCAUAAUGAAGAGGAGAUUAUAAACUCACUGGUCUCCUCCACUGCUCCUCUAUUAAUCUACUUCUCCGUGUAUACUUUUGUAAUAGGUAAUAAAAAUGUGUAAGAGUAUAUUAA